CUGACGGGAGCGAGAAUGCUCAGGAUGCCCAACUGCCUGCUAAAACUGACCAGGGUGGUGCUGAGCCACAAGCUCAGGGCUCUGUUUAUCCUCACCUUUAAGUUCAUGUCCUUUGCCUCCAUCAUGUUGUACUGGAGAAUCACAGAGGACCCUAAAGGCAGGGGCCAGGUCUACAGCUUGCCUGUUGAAAUUCGCUGUGCUCACUCUGUGCCGCCUUCUCCCCGCACCAUUGCUGGUGGGCCCCCUCCUCCACCAGGGGAUGUGUUUUUUGUGGAGACUUCGGAGCGAACUAACCCAAGUUACCUGUUCACAUGCUCUGUGGAGUCAGCGGCCCGGACACACCCCGGGACAAGGGUCGUGGUGCUCAUGAAAGGCUUGGUGAACGGUAACGCCUCAUUACCCAACCACUGGGGCUUCUCGUUGCUGAGCUGCUUCCCCAAUGUGGAAAUCCAGCCCCUGGACUUGCCAGAGCUUUUUUCUGGAACACCUCUGGCAAAGUGGUACUUGCAGGCUCAGCGGCGCUGGGAGCCUUAUUUCUUACCCAUCCUGUCUGAUGCCUGCAGAAUUGCCAUCAUGUGGAAAUUUGGUGGCAUCUACCUGGACACAGACUUCAUAGUGCUUAGGAACUUGAAGAACCUCACCAAUGUGCUUGGUACCCAGUCCAAGUAUGUACUGAACGGGGCCUUUCUGUCCUUUAAGCCCAAACACAAGUUCAUGGAGCUUUGCAUGCAGGACUUUGUGGAAAACUACAACAGCUGGAUUUGGGGGCACCAGGGCCCACAGCUCCUAACGCGUGUCUUCAAGAAGUGGUGCUCCAUCAGGAGUCUUCGGAGCAGUACAAGCUGCAAAGGAGUGAGUGCUCUGCCCCGUGAGGCUUUUUAUCCCAUUCGGUGGCAGGAUUGGAAGAAAUACUUUGAAGUGGUCAGCUCCUCAGAGCUUCACAAGCUCCUUAAGAACACCUACGCGGUGCAUGUAUGGAACAAACUGAGCCAAGGGACAAGGCUGGAGGUCACAUCCCAGGCUUUGCUGGCUCAGCUGCAUUCUAACUUCUGCCCUGCAACGUACAAUAUCAUGAAGAAGGACUCUGAACGGCAGUGAGUCAAGGGUCUGCUAAGAGAUGUUGCCUGGGAGCCCACAACUCUCCAGCUGUUCCAUCACAAAUGAACAUUCUUUUGAAGAGAGGUGGUGGGAGUUGAGGAUAAAAUCCAUUUCUGGGCUGUAGGUGGAGCCUGUAGCUUCAGCCGAUGUCUGUGCAGCUCUUUGUCUUGACUUUAACUGCCUACCAGCAGCAUUUUGUUUCUUUGCAGGACCUUUCUUCUGCUCUGCUUGGUCAGGUAGAGAAAUCUCAGGAGGGGAGCAAGUGCUGAGCCACUUGUGGCAGCCUCCAUCAGCCUUUCAGAGAAGUAUGACUUCUAUGACUUUCUAUGACUGUAAACCUGGAAGAGGCCUUUGUAGAAAUGCGUAUCUCAUAGCCCGGUUCUCAAGACUUCUGAAGUGCAGUCCUCAAAGCAAUGAAAGGAUGGGAGAGCAAAGAACAAGAACUGAGGAGGAAGUUAAGGAUGUGCUAGAGGAGGUGUCCUGAGAAAAAUGUAGAGGAAAACAGAGAAGAAAGAAAGCGCUAAAGCAAGUUCUUUUUCUUUUCAUUCCC